GUUACACACCACAACUGUGCUUUUUCUACAAACAAUGAUAAACAGGGUCACAAGAGAUAGUUGUAAAUAGCCACAGGGUAAUAUUGGGGAUAGUAUUCUCAUCUCAUGAGGACAAUGCUAAAAGCUUUUGGGAUGUCCCGCGAACAACAGGCAGUGGCUCAGGCCAGGAAGGCAUUUGAAACGGGUCGGUCCAAAUGCUUAGACUACCGCAUCCUGCAGCUCGAGAGCCUCAAGCGUCUAUUCAUUGAGAAACAAAAAGAGAUUGCGAACGCUUUGAAGAAAGACCUAAAUAAGAGUGAAGUGGGCACUCAGCUGUAUGAGACGCUGGGCUUGGAGGGUGAAAUAAACCUGGCUGUUAAAAACCUGAAGUCUUGGGCAGCGCCUCGUCCCGUGGAGAAGAACUUGCUGACCAUUUCGGAUACAGUCUACAUUCGCCCUGAGCCCCUCGGUGUGGUCCUCAUCAUUGGAGCCUGGAACUACCCUUGGGCCGUCACCAUCCAACCUCUCAUUGGGGCCAUCGCAGCUGGUAAUGCAGCUGUGAUCAAGCCCUCUGAAGUUUGCGUUCACACAGCCAAAGUCAUGGAGGAGUUUCUGCCUGCCUACAUUGACAAAGAGCUGUACCCGGUUGUGACUGGAGGAGUGGCUGAGACACAGGAGUUGUUAAAGCAGCGCUUUGAUCACAUCUUUUACACCGGGAACAGCAUGGUCGGUAAAAUCAUCAUGGAGGCCGCGGCAAAGCACCUGACGCCGGUCACUCUGGAGCUCGGAGGAAAAAGCCCCUGUUACAUCGACAAAAACUGUGACAUCACCAUUGCCUGCAGACGAGUGGCAUGGGGCAAAUAUACAAACUGUGGCCAAACCUGUAUUGCUCCAGACUACAUCCUGUGUGAAUCAAGCAUUCAGGACAAAGUCAUCGCAGAGAUCAAGAAAGCCGUUAAGGAGUUUUACACAGAAAACCCACAGACCUGCCCUGACUAUGGACGUGUCAUCAACCAGAGACACUUCAAGAGAAUCAUGGCUCUUAUAGAUGACAGUACAGUGGCCAUGGGAGGACAAAAUGAAGAAGCAGACUGCUACAUUGCCCCCACAGUGCUGAGGGACGUGAAGCCUGACGCCAAAGUGAUGCAGGAAGAGAUUUUUGGUCCAGUUCUUCCCAUCAUCACCAUCAGUGGUUUGGACGAAGCCAUAAAAUUCAUCAACAAAGGAGAGAAACCUCUGGCUCUUUAUGUAUUCACACCAGAUGACAAGGUGAUACAGAAAAUGAUAGAAGAAACAUCCAGUGGAGCGAUCUUGGCCAAUGACUGUCUACUGCAUUACUCCAUCAGCGCUCUGCCUUUUGGAGGAGUUGGUAACAGUGGCAUGGGCUGUUAUCAUGGUAAGUUCUCUUUUGACCAGCUCAGUCAUCUGCGCAGCUGUCUCAUCAAGAAGCUGAAAAUGGAGGGGAUAAACACCAUGCGAUACCCCCCGCACACUCCCUCAAAACUAAGCCGUGCCCGCUUCUUCAUCCUCAAGUCCUCAAACCUGAGCUGGAUCGGACGCAUGAUGAUGUUAGCCACCCUCGUUGUGGUGGCAGCUGUGGUCAUUCAGAAUUAUUUUCUUUGAAGACCACAAACUGGAAAAGACUGCAGAGAUACAGUACAUACGCAUGAUAGAAGUACUAAGAAAUUCUAGAAAUACUAAAAUCCAGAGAUGACUUUUGACUGAAAAUGUUUCUAUUGUAAAAUUGUUAACAUUUCAUUUCAGCAUUUAAACAAAUUUUUAGUAAUUAUUUAUUCUUUUAUAGCUAUUUUAGCACCCUUUUAAUUUCAUGUAAUGUUUUUUUAUUAUUUGUGAUGAUUGCUUCCCUUUAUUUCCAAACCCAAUGAAGAAACAAGAGCCUAAGUGCAAUUUAAACAUUUCCAGUGCUUUAUGAAAUAUACAGUGUAGCUGUACAGUGUAGGUCCAUUCAUUUCAGCCUGAAGCACUUUGUUUUAAACCUGUUUUAUAAGUGUCUAUUCUCUCACUGUCAGCAAAACUGUCACAUGAAGGAUUUCCUCAUUUUAUUACAUUAGUAGCAAACAAAGUAGUGCUGCUUAAAGACAAUUUAAUAUGUGAUUUGUAAUACACAAAUGUCUAUAAACAAUUAAUAAAUUAAAUAUAUUUGUACUUGUUUAA